ACCCGGCGUGAUGCGGGCCAAUGGCGAGGCGGCUGAGGGCCCGCCACCUGUCCGCAGCCAGGGCGGGGGGCGGUGGGGAGGCGUCGCACUCCAUGGUAACGACGCCGGCUCGAAGAUGGCGGCCGCUGGGGCUGGAGGAGCGGGCGGCCUGGGAGCAGGCCCGCGGGGCCGCUGGGGCGGCUGCCUGUGGGUACGAGGCGUCCUGCUCGUGCUGGGCGGGCUCCCGGCCGGCGCCGCGGCUGCUCCCGUCUCCCUGAGCACUUCGCCGCCGUGUCGGCAUCACGUCCCUUCCGACACUGAGGUCAUAAGUAAGGUUCAUCUUAAGACGAAUCAUGUGGUCAGGAGAGACACUGAUGGGUACCUGCGAAUCAAGACUGUCUACGAUGCAAGCAUUGAAGAGCUGCUCCCUGAGAAAAGAUACCUUGUAAAGAACAAACUCUUCCCCCAAGCUAUUUCUUACUUAGAGAAAACAUUUCAGGUUCGUCGACCUGCCGGCAGGAUCUUACUUAGCAGACAAUGCGCUACAAACCAGUACCUCCGGAAGGAGAAUGAUCCGCAUAGGUACUGCACCGGGGAGUGUGCGGUGCACACCAAGUGUGGCCCCGUUACCGUGCCUGAGGAGCAUCUCCAGCAAUGCAGGGUCUGCCGAGAGGGUAAGUGGCCCUGCGGAGCAGUGGGUGUGCUAGACCACGAGGGGGUCCAGGAUGCAGACUUCAUCCUCUAUGUCGGUGCUCUGGCCACUGAGCGGUGCAGCCAUGAAAACAUCAUCUCCUACGCAGCCUAUUGUCAGCAGGAGGCAAAAAUGGACAGGCCGAUAGCAGGAUAUGCUAACCUGUGUCCAAAUAUGAUCUCCACCCAACCGCAAGAGUUUAUUGGGAUGCUGUCCACAGUGAAGCAUGAGAUCAUUCAUGCCCUGGGUUUCUCUGCUGGGCUUUUUGCAUUCUACCAUGAUCAAGAUGGAACUCCCUUGACCUCACGGUCUGCAGAUGGCCUCCCGCCUUUCAACUAUAGCCUGGGAUUGUACCAGUGGAGUGAUAAAGUAGUUCGGAAAGUGGAGCGGCAGUGGAAUGUGCGAAAUAAUAAGAUAGUCCGCCACACUGUGUAUCUCCUGGUGACACCUCGUGUUGUUGAAGAAGCACGGAAGCAUUUUAACUGCCCAGUUCUAGAGGGGAUGGAACUUGAAAAUCAAGGCGGGAUGGGCACUGAGCUCAACCACUGGGAAAAGCGCUUGCUAGAGAAUGAAGCAAUGACUGGUUCUCACACCCAGAACCGAGUCCUCUCUCGAAUCACUCUGGCAUUAAUGGAGGACACUGGCUGGUACAAAGCGAAUUACAGCAUGGCAGAGAAACUCGACUGGGGCCGAGGAAUGGGCUGUGAAUUUGUCAGAAAGAGCUGUAAAUUCUGGAUUGAUCAGCAGAGGCAAAAGCGGCAGGUGCCAAGCCCAUACUGUGACACACUCAGGAGUAACCCACUGCAGCUGACUUGCAGACAGGACCAGAGAGCCGUUGCCGUGUGUAACCUGCAGCGGUUUCCUGACCCUUUACCACCAGAGUACCAGUACUUCGACGAGCUCAGUGGAAUAUCUGCAGAGGACUUACCUUACUACGGUGGGUCAGUAGAGAUCGCCGACUAUUGCCCUUUCAGUCAGGAAUUCAGCUGGCACUUAAGUGGCGAAUACCAGCGCAGCUCUGACUGUAGAAUACUGGAAAAUCAACCAGAAAUGUUUAAAAACUACGGUGCAGAAAAGUACGGCCCUCACUCAGUCUGUCUGCUUCAGAAAUCAGCGUUUGUCAUGGAACAGUGCGAGAGGAAGCUCAGUUACCCAGACUGGGGUAGUGGAUGCUACCAGGUUUCUUGUUCUCCUCAAGGUCUGAAGGUUUGGGUUCAAGACACUUCAUAUCUGUGUAGCCGGGCUGGGCAGGUCCUCCCUGUCCGCAUUCAGAUGAACGGCUGGAUUCACAACGGAAACCUACUGUGCCCCUCCUGCUGGGACUUUUGUGAGCAGUGUCCCCCGGAAACUGACCCUCCCGCUGCCAACCUGACCCGAGCCCUUCCUCUGGAUCUCUGUUCCUGUUCUUCUAGCCUGGUGGUCACGCUUUGGCUCCUCCUAGGCAAUCUAUUUCCCCUGCUGGCUGGAUUUCUUCUGUGUGUGUGGCACUAGGAAUGGAAAAGUGGAUUUUCAACAUGACAGUUUUGGCUGUUCCAAUGAACAAAGCACAAAACCUGGGCGAGGGCCAGCCUUGGCAGACGAUGAGAUGGCAGAGGUGGCGUCCCUGACUCUGGCUUGGACAUGCUGGCCGCAGCAGGAUGGUGACGCAUAGCUCCACUGCAGUCACUCACCGGCCACACAGCCACCUUGGAGCUUAGAGAGGAAUCGCCAGGUGCCUGAUGCUCCUUAGUGUAUGGAUGUGCAGUCGUCUGGCAGCGAGUUCUCCUUUCAAUGCAGGACGACAGUGGGAUUUGCCGUGACCACAUGCCUCAGCAUUUGCGUUAACUGAAAAGUUUCUGAGCACUGAGGUCACUCACAGGGCAGCUGACUGACCACUCCAGAGUUCUAAGUUGACUGUCCCACCCUCCAAAAGACAAAAGUGGUCGUUGGGGUUUCGGAUUUCCCAUCGUCAUUGCACAAGCUUUAAAUGAACACCUGCACACGAGACACUCAAAUCAUCAUGCUCUUUGUCACUUCCGUUUUGCUUCUGACGUAACUGUGUUUGCCUUUCCUGCCAGCUGUGUGGCCCGUUUGCCACCAGGCUGUUGCUAGUUUGCUGUCAGCUCUGAGCCGUCUUCGUCUGAGCUCAGUGUCCACUUGCAUUUCUCAUUAAUUUCAUAGCAACUUGAAAACCCAUGGGAGAGUGUGAAGUACAGUGCAUAGGAAGAAUGCUGAAAUCAAGAAACAGAAGACAGCAUGAUUGCGCAACAGAAGACAGCAUGAUUGCGUGUGCCCGGGUAAUAGUUAAAAGAACUGUAAAAAUCCACCAAAACCCAAGCGGUCCUUUCGGCCUAUGGACAUUAAGAGUUUAGACAUGGACAGGCAUGCAGUUACUUCCAAGUAGACGAAGUGCUAAUCUCUGGAAGGUAUUUUAUGGACAAGAAGAAAAGCUCAAGUCAAAACCAAGGUGAUCUGGCUUGUUUCCGAAGAGCCAAGUGUAGGUUGGACAUCCAGCCUGCCCACGGGGCCCAGCUGUGUCCUUCAGAGGUGGAAGAUAACCUUUGCUUUAAAUGUCUGUCUCUUCCCACGAUUGACACUCCUGCUCCACGUGGAUUCUGGGAGGCAGUUCUGCUCUGGUUCCAGGGCUUACCAACCCUCUAGUGACUCAACCUUGACAUUCUUCAAUGAAGACUGAGGUCCUGUCUUUCUCCCUAAAGGUGAUCAGUUCUGUAGCCUUCAGGACCAGCAAGAUAGCCCAGGAGCUAAAGACACUUGUCACCAAGCCUGAGUCUGAAUCCUGGAGACCACGUGGAAGAUGAAAGGGACUGACCGCUGAGUUCCUCUGACCCACACACAUGCACAGCAAGUACACACAAGUAAAUGUAAAACAGUGUUUAGAACGAAACAUGACAUUUACACCCCCACUUCCCCCCCACCCCUGUCCAUCCAGCCUAUAGUGCUCUAUGUAAGAAAAGCUGAGCGUGGGAGCCUGCUUGGAAAGCAGAGGCAGGGAGAUCUUGAGUUCAAGGUCACCCAGCUACAUAGGGAAUUUGAAUUUAUAGCUAGUGUUGGCUGCAUGAAACACUGUCUUGAGAGUUGAGAAAAGAAAGAAAUUGUGUAAGUGAGCGAAACCCAGGCACUAAGUAGUAACUCCAGUAACCGCGAUACUGCGGCAGGACGGCAGGCCUCAGAAUGAAGGGAAACUCCCCCUUUGUUUUUAGAGGCAGGAAGUUAAAAUGUGUGCUGCCUACAAUACAAGUUAGAGGAAUUCAUUGUUGUGAAAAGCUGGGGGUUCCCAAAUUCAGUCAGCUUCAGUGAUAGAGAAUUCGCGGUCUGUAGACUAGCACCCUGUUUCACCAGUGUUCAGUGUUCUUUAAAUCGUACAACGUCAGAAAAGUGAGGAUGUGUUGAAAGAAAUAUGCAGUAUGCUGGGCAGGAUGGCGCACGCCUUUAAUCCCAGAACUUGGGAGGCAGAGGCUGGUGGAUCUCUGAGUGUAAGGCCAGCCUGGUCUACAAAGCGAGUUCCAGACCAGCUGGGGCUGCAUAGUGAAAUAAACCUCUCUAGAGGUGGGGGGAAAGAAAUAUAUGUUAAACUUUCAUACCUAUGAUGAUUAUACAUUCUACAAAACGUAUAAAAAAUUUCACCAAAAAUAUCAGUGGAAUGUAUUGAGAGUCGGUGGUAGGUUUGACCACAUUUUGACUGUUGUGCAGUGGUGCCAUUUAGGUAGCAUUGUUUCCAAGCAUGGUGCUUUUUAUACUUGAAAUAUAUU